AACGUCGAAGCCGAAAGCUGAGUACAGUGUUUUUAUACCCCAACGAAGUUUCGCUCUGCGGGAACAAGUACGUCCGCUCGGUCAACAGUUCAGUUCAUAUCAGAAGCAUUAAGCUGUCCGCUAUCGGCACAUCGUUCGCGAACGUAAACAACAAUCACGUCAACUAUCGCUGCUGCGACUUUUCUAUAAUAAUCCCAACGCCUUCCGCACAGUUCGUGUUUACACAAAAUGUCUCACACAAUUCUCCUAGUUCAGCCGGGAAUCCGUCCGGAGACGCGAACGUACAGUGACUACGAGAGCGUGAACGAGUGCAUGGAGGGUGUUUGCAAGAUCUACGAGGAGCACCUGAAGCGCCGCAACCCCAACACGCCAACAAUCACCUACGACAUUAGCCAGCUCUUCGAUUUCGUCGACCAGCUGGCCGACAUCAGUUGCUUAGUGUACCAGAAGUCCACCAACACGUACGCGCCAUACAACAAGGAGUGGAUCAAGGAGAAGAUUUACGUUUUGCUAAGGCAGGCAGCGGGCAGCACAGAUUGAGCGCCGGCCCGGCCGGAAGAACUUUGCAUUUAGGGAAUAGGAGAGAUCUGAUCUGGUUCGCAGGGGAUAAUGGGGUGAGGGAGGACUGUAUCUGGUAACACAACAGUUUUCAAAACGAUUUCAUGUGGUAAAGUUUCUUUUCGCGUAAUUGUCGACGUUGAGGUUGCGUCCUCUUGAAAAAUCUGCUGGGCAGAUCUCCCAACAGUCAUCUCAAUUUCAGUUCCAUAAGCGCAUCUUCAAAUCAAGGUUGAAGGAAGCUAUUUCUUUAGAAACAAUCUAUAAAUGCGAAUUUUCCAUCUAGAACUCGUUAACUAUCAGGUACAGCGUCCCCGCCUCACUCUAUCUCUCCCCCUGCGAACUGCACAUUUGUUUCUAUAAAUUACUAACAAAUGAAUUAAAAAUGAAAUUCACGAGCGAAGCCAAACCAAAAGAGAUCCAACCACGACUUCAUGGAUCGUUCCAUGGC